GAGCCAGUCAGGAGAAACUGGCCCAGGCCGCCCAGUCCUCCGUGUGCACCAUCACCAAACUGGCAGAUGUAGUGAAACUAGGAGCCGCCAGUCUGGGAUCUGAGGACCCAGAGACACAGGUGGUCCUGAUCAAUGCAGUCAAAGAUGUGGCCAAAGCGUUGGGUAACCUCAUCAGCGCCACCAAAGCUGCUGCAGGAAAACCUCAUGACGACCCGAGCAUGUUGCAGCUCAAGAACUCUGCAAAGGUGAUGGUGACCAAUGUGACGUCGCUCCUGAAGACGGUGAAGGCCGUGGAGGACGAGGCCACGAAGGGGACGAGGGCUCUGGAGUCAACGAUCGAACACAUCAAACAGGAACUGACUGUGUUCAGCAGCUCCGACCCGCCGCCAAAGACCACCACGCCCGAGGAGUUCAUCCGCAUGACCAAAGGAAUCACCAUGGCAACAGCGAAGGCGGUGGCUGCCGGGAACUCGUGUCGUCAGGAAGACAUCAUCGCCACGGCGAACCUCAGCAGGAGGGCCAUCGCUGACAUGCUGCACUCCUGCAAGGAAGCUGCGUACCACCCAGACGUCAGCAAAGACGUCCAGAUGAGAGCGCUGCGCUACGGCAACGAGUGCGCCACUGGAUACCUGGGACUUCUGGAGCACGUGCUGGUGAUCAUCCAGAAGCCGUCUCACGACCUGAAGCAGCAGUUGUCCAACUACUCAAAGAGGGUGGCAGGCUCCGUCACCGAGCUCAUCCAGGCCGCAGAGGCCAUGAAAGGCACAGAGUGGGUGGACCCUGAGGAUCCCACCGUCAUCGCAGAGAACGAGCUGCUCGGAGCAGCGGCCGCAAUUGAAGCAGCUGCCAAGAAACUGGAGCAGCUGAGGCCCAGGACCAAACCCAAGGAAGCAGAUGAGAGCUUGAACUUUGAGGAGCAGAUUCUGGAGGCGGCCAAGUCCAUCGCAGCGGCCACCAGCGCUCUGGUCAAAGCUGCUUCAGCUGCACAGAGGGAGCUGGUGGCUCAGGGGAAG